AAAAAUAGGUAAGCAUCAUUCAUUAGGGUUUGCAAACACAAAAGAGACACGAGCAUUGAGCCUCAAAGGCGCUAUUCCUUAAUAUUCAUCCACCAUUUUCCUUUCCAUUCUUGCUCCUUCAUUUUCCUUUUUCCUUAGAAAAUGGCAAACAAAUUCCCCAUUUUCCCUAUUGUUGAACCUCAACACUUCAGUGACUAUGGCUUCGACCCUCAGAUACAUUAUUUUCAGAUUUUGGAAGAAGCAAGAAAACACAGAAUCAGAGAAACUGCGAGGUCAUCCAUAGAUACACUUCAUUUCAAGCUACAAAAACCCAUCUCAAAAGACGAAUCAUCGAAGAAGAUAAAAAAAAACAGUAGCCGUAAAAGAUGGUGGAAAAAUGCUCUGCUUUUCUUCAAAAAGACCAAAUCCAACAAUGACAAAAUCUCCGGUGCCGACGAUGAAGUUCAUCACCGGCGACCUACUUUCCGGGGAUCGAUAUCUGGGCCGGUAUACAUUACUGAGAGCAGAAGUGGGUCGAACACGCCUUACCGUACAACAAGUCGUCCGUCCUCCGGUCCGCUCGCCGGAACUUUGACUCCUAAUCGGAAAGGUGAUUUAGAGAUCCCCUACAUUAACCUCAGGGAGUUAAACAUGGACCAGCAGCAGCAGCAUAAGAUCUCUACAUCCUCACCUAUGCCAAUAUAUUUGGUCACGUGAACAGAGCACUAUUUAAUUAAUUAAUUGCUAAUUUUAAGUGUUACUGCUAAUUAAAUACUCUUAUUAUCCUAAUUUAGACCUUUUUAGGGUUCCAAAUUAGAAAGUUGAUGACCCCUUUAGUCUUUAGUUAAAAGGGUAUCCUUUUUUUCUUUGAAUUAUGUGCAACUUCCUUUUAUGUAAAAGUGCUUUAGUAUUAAUGGCAUGUAACAACUUUUUUCUUGU